GUGCGCUAAAGAAGCUUUCCCAGACUGAGGGUUCGAGGCACACAUGGGGCUGGGUCCGCGCUCCUCUCACAAGGCGGGGCGCCGGUUUCCAGCUGGUGGCAAACGGGGGCGCGGGGCCAAGGCGUCGUGGCGCCCCACGCCAGGCCGCGAGCGGCAACCCCGGCCGCCUGCGGAAGGGCGCUCGGAGCCCGCUCUAGACACGCCCCCCCACCUGAGCCCCGAAGCUCUCGGGUAUUUCCGUCGGGCGCUGUCCGCGCUGAAAGAGGCUCCUGAGACCGGGGAAGAGCGAGAGCUGAUAGUGCACAAUGUUUUGAAGGAAGUGGAGGCUCAGGCCCUAGCCUUGGCCACGAACAGGAAUGGCAGUGAGAUGCUACAGGAACUGUUGGGGUUCAGUCCCUUGAAACCGCUGUGUCGUGUAUGGGCUGCUCUGCGCUCCAACUUGCGCUUUGUGGCCUGUCAUCGGUGCGGGGUCCAUGUAUUGCAAAGUGCUCUGCUGCAGCUGCCUCGAUUACUGGGGAGUCCUGCAGAAGAGGAAGAGGAGGAGGAUAGGAAGGAUGGUCCCUUAGAGACCCUGGAAGAGCUGGUCCUGGGACUAGCUGCUGAGGUGUGUGAUGAUUUUCUUUUCUACUGCGGAGACACACAUGGCAGCUUCGUGGUCAGAACUCUGCUGCAGGUGUUAGGAGGGACUUUUCUGGAGUCUGAGAGAGCCAGGCCCCGUGGCUCCCAAUCAUCUGAAGUGCAAAGAGCCCCAGCUCGGGAAUGUAAGCCAACUGAUUUUGAGGUCCCGGAAACCUUCUUGAAUCGCCUUCAGGACCUGAGCUCCUGCUUUUUGAAGGACAUUGCUGUGUUUAUCACCGACAAGAUCUCCAGUUUCUGCCUGCAAGUGGCCUUUCAGAUCUUACACCGCAAACUGCCCCAGUUUUGUGCCCAUCUCUGCAAUGCUGUGAUUGGCUACUUGAGUACCCGCAAUUCCUCAGCAGAUGGCAGCCCCCUACUGCUAUUUUUGCGGGAUCAGACGAGCUCCAGACUCUUAGAGCAGGUGCUGCUGGUGUUGGAGCCCCCAAGGCUCCAGAGCCUCUUUGAGGAUCACUUCCAGGGGCAGCUGCAGACCCUAGCUGCACAUCCCAUUGCCAACUUCCCUUUGCAGCGCUUACUGGAUGCUAUUACUACCUCUGAGCUGCUGUCUCCUGUGUUUGAGGAACUGAGCCCUGCCCUGGAAGGUAUAAUGGCCCAGGGCCACCCAGGGGUAGUUGUUGCCCUGGUGGGGGCGUGCCGCAGAGUUGGGGCCCACCAAGCCCAGGUCUUGCAGCUGUUGUUGGAGGCAUUCCACUGUGCAGAGCCCUCAUCCCGGCAAGUGGCCUGUGUGCCUCUGUUUGCCACUUUGAUGGCUUAUGAGGUGUACUAUAGACUGAUGGAGGAGGAGGGGGCAGUGCCUGCCCAGCACCAGGUAGAAAUGGCUGCAGCCAGGGCCCUGGGAGAAGUGACAGUCCUUGGGUCUCUACUGCUCCAGCAUCUGCUGCACUUCUCCAACCCUGGUCUUAUACUUCGAAGUCUGGGUACCUUGACUGGACCACAACUUCUGGCUCUGGCCCAAAGCCCUGCUGGCUCCCAUGUGCUUGAUGCCAUCCUGACCAGCCCCUCUGUGACUCGCAAGCAGCGCCACCGUGUGCUGCAGAUGCUAAAGGGACAAUACGUAGCUCUGGCCUGUAGUCGCCAUGGCAGUCGUGUGCUAGAUGCCAUCUGGAGUGGAGCAGCCUUGGGGGCUCGAAAGGAAAUUGCUACAGAGCUGGGGGAGCAGAAUCAGGAGCUGAUAAGAGACCCUUUUGGCCACCAUGUGGCUCGAAACGUGGCCCUGACUACCUUCCUGAAGCGGCGAGAAGCUUGGGAACAGCAGCAGGGAGCAGUGGCCAAGCGGAGGCGGGCAUUGAACUCAGUACUUGAAGACUGAGAUCUUUGGGUCUGGGACUGGGUGUUGAUGGGCGGGGGUGGGGGGGUGUGUGUGUGUGUGAAAGAGUAUCUAUCCCAUCCCUUUCUUUGUUUAAAUUGGAGUCAAAAAUCUUAUUGGUAAACAUUUUUAUGUUUUUA